AUGGAUUCAUCUUCCGACUCGUCUUCAUAUUGUGUUCCCCCUUCCCUUUCCGACUCAUCAAACGGGAGCACUUUUCAAUUUUUCCAAACGGUUUUAGACACGUACGAAGACACCGUAAGCUCCACCAACACCCGUAGGUACAUCGAGCGAGAUCGGGAAGACGCGCACGAUAGGCUAAUGCGCGACUACUUUGUUGAAGACUCCAAAUUCGACGAGCCAUUUUUCCGUCAUCGUUUCGGCAUGAGCAAAAGGUUGUUUUUGAAGAUUGUUAAUGAUACCGAAGCUAGGUUCGAGUACUUUCAAACACGAUAUGAUGCUCGGGGAAGAAGAAGUUUCACGGCUCUACAAAAAUGCACAUCGGCGAUCAAACAAUUGUCCACGGGUGAACCACCAGACGCGUAUGAUGAGUAUUUAUGCAUUGCGGAAAGAACAUCACGUGAGAGCCUUGAAUAUUUUUGUGAUGCGGUCAUUGGUUUAUACAAGCCGGAGUUUUUACGCAAGCCGACAUCUCACGAUGUUGCUUUUAUCACACAAGCGCAUGAAGAAAGACACCACAUUCCAGGAAUGCUUGGUAGUCUUGAUUGUACACACAUCAAAUGGGCUAAGUGUCCUAAAUACUUGAAAGGGCAAUACACGAGGGGAGAUCAUAAGGUGCCGACUACUAUGAUUGAGUGUGUUGCUUCUUACGACUUGUGGAUUUGGCAUUCGUUUUUAGGUCCCGCUGGAUCAAACAACGAUGUCAACGUUUUGAAUCAGUCACCAUUGUUUUAUUCCACUCGUAAUGGAACCGCACCAGACAGUUCAUUUACCGUAAAUGGACGAAAUUACAAGCGUGGAUAUUACCUUACCGAUGGAAUAUAUCCUAGGUGGUCUACGUUUGUUAAGGCAUAUCCCCAUCCAGUCGAAAAGGAUGAGAAGAAGUUCAAAAGACUCCAAGAGGCGGCAAGAAAGGAUGUUGAAAGGGCUUUUGGUGUUCUCAAGGGGAAAUGGAAGAUUUUGGAACGUCGCCUCCGGUUCACGACAAAGGAGAAGAUUGGGAAGAUCGUCAGCACAUAUAGUAUAUUGCACAACAUGAUAAUAAAAGACGACGGGAGGGCGAUAUCACCGGUUCGCAUUAUGGAUUCACCCGCCCCGAUUGUUUAUGACCGGAACGUGCUGAGGGAGUUACAUGACGAAGAAGUCCAUCAUCGCCUCCGGUAUGAUCUGACAACGCAUGUAUCGGGUUUGGAUUUAACAUACCUUGACGACCCAAAUGCGCAGCCACCACCGAUUGAGGCAUUGAUUUAG